GCGCGCUUUCCCUCGGCGUGGCCACGUGGUCAUGUUGAGGGCAUUAGGAAGCGAGGCCAAUUCAAAGCUGUACAAAACUGAACGCGAUAGUCUGAGCUGAAUACAGGAAGACAAACCUACGUUCGAAGCAAGACCACAACGCGAGCACAAUGCAAGGGGCCAGACAGACUGCAACGGCUGUUGUCGCUGCUUUCUUUAUGGCUCUGGUGGUUUCCUCCUUCGCUUCUCCUUAUGACGAAUGUCCAGAUCUCCAGCUCGUACCCGAUGCUGCGAUCAAAAACGCCAUCCUUGCAUUGACAAAGAGUGAAUAUUCCACCGAUGUCUCUGUAAUUGAGAAGUGGAGCUCGGGCCCUCUCGUCGUGAACCUGACAUCGUGGCACUCCAACAUUGAGAACGCUUUACAACCUUUCACGCCAUCCUGUGAAGGAGGAGACGCCAUGGUUGAUGCGGAAUUUGAGAUCAGCUGGGUCGCGAGCGCACAGUACGCUGUCGGCAACGAGGAAGAGGAUGUACUGGGCGCCGUUGACGUGGUUUUCAGGCAAGCGGUGGCGAAGGUGCGCUUCCAGUUGAGCAUGCUUUCUGCGAACGAAACAUUCACUCUGCACCCGCUGGCUGUGCGCGCCACGUGGCCUGGAAUCGUCUCGGCGAGCGUCUACAGCGUCGCUAACGGAUAUUACGCGGGACCUGUGGACGUUCUCGCCAGCCUGCUGGCUAAAGUGUACGCGUUGGAGAUACUGAGCUGGAGUUCGGCGCGUUCCGUCAUGACAAAGUUAUUCGUGGAUAAAGCAAAUGAACUGGGCCCUUUUUAUGUAGUGUUUUAACAGGUUGCGUUUCAUCAUACAUACCCUUCAGGUGACAAAAGCUUCUCAGCGUACAAAACUGUAGUUGCAUCCCAUCUCUUGCAAACUAUAAGAAGCAUGAGAAGCACACAGCUACAGAGCGGAUGAAGAAUGUUUAAUUAUUCGGUUGAUUUUGUUGGGUUACCCGAAUGGGAACUCCAUUCGAGAACUAUUGCAUUAACGUCCGAUACAAGAACUUGGACUAUUUUGUUUCAAGCACACAUGGAAGCCCUUGUCCUGAAAGUUUAAAAAAUUGUGCUUUGUGUAAAACGUUUCGAAAAGCACUAAACGAAAUUAGUCUGCAAUAUAACCCGCUUGGGCAUAUGGCGGCGUAGUUCCUAUGGCGUUGCGCUGCUAAGGCCGAGGGCGCGGGAUCAAAGCCGAGCCGUGGUGGUCCCAUUCCAAUGGAGGCAGAAUGCAAGAACAUCUGUGUACUGAGCAUUGGACGCCAGCUAAAUAAUCGCACGUGGUCAAAUUUUUUACCCAGAGCCCCCACUACACCGUGCCUAUUAAGGAGAUCGUGGGUUCGGCGCAUAUAAAACGCUAAAAUGUAAGUAUUCUUUACUGAAGCCACUACAAGACGGCACACUGACAUCGAGCGCGAACAUUCAGCCGUGCACCUUCCAACUUGAUUUCAUAAAAUACUUUACACAUGUUUAUAAGACUUGCAAGGUCCAAUCAGUAGUGUCUGGAGACGCAUGAAACAAGUUACAAAGCAUAUUUUCGUCGUUGCUCUUGCUUUUAAUGCGCUAUAUUGGGGUGCCCACUUGUAUAUAUAGCGCCAUAUAGGGAUGUUUCUGUAUUUGUACAUUUGAAUUAGAAGUAACUCAAUUUUUCCUGUGCUUUCCCUGGCUUCAUUAUCUCUGUUUUGCAUGGGCAAAAACUGAAAAAAACAUUGAGCGCCCCCUUGGUUUCCCGUAUUCUUCUGGAACAACUUAUGACAUUUAAAGAAAAAAAUAUUUCACACAUAGUUUUGGUAUAUAUUUGCUGCAUUACCUAAGGGCAGCUUUUUUUGCCCAAAUCCUUACGUUCCUAACGUUGCAUGGAUAACUGUUAGUAGAAAUCACACCAUUGCUAUAUUUAGGGUGCCGUUUUAACCCUUCUGAAAAAACAUAUAAAGAUCCGCUCGUCGAAGCAAAUUUCUGUUCUACCAACGAAGUUAAAUUGCCAAGAAUAUCCUGCAGUAGUCCUUGCAAGUAUAUCUGAAUACAUUAAGCUGGUCACCUCGCAGCGUACGUUUUCGUGCUAACGUGUGGCUUUUAGUGCAUGUGUUGAUGAUUGCAACGUUUCAAUAAAAUGUGAAAACAUUCUA